ACAGUGGCCCCGCCCCGUGUGUGUGCGCGCAGCUCUGCUUCAGACAGUCGCGUCUCUGUUAGCGCUGCUAUAAAAGCGGAUUUUCUCCGGUCAUCAUGUCUGUAUCACCGGACAAACGGCGGAAGAUGGAGUCCGCGCUCGAGCAGAUCAAGAAGUUCACGGUGGUCGUCGCGGACACGGGAGACUUUAACGCCAUUGAAGAGUACAAGCCUCAGGAUGCCACCACCAACCCCUCCCUCAUUCUGGCUGCUGCCAAGAUGCCUGCGUACCAGCCGCUGGUGGACCAGGCCAUCAAAUACGGCAUCGCUAACGGCGGGACUGAGGACGAGCAGGUUACAAAUGCUAUGGACAAGCUGUUUGUGAACUUCGGACUGGAGAUCCUGAAGAAGGUCCCUGGGCGGGUGUCCACUGAGGUCGAUGCCAGGCUGUCGUUUGAUAAAGAUGCAAUGGUGUCGCGCGCGCGGCGGCUGAUCUCGCUGUAUGAGGACGCUGGCGUCAGUAAAGAGCGGAUCCUCAUCAAGCUUUCGUCCACAUGGGAAGGCAUUCAGGCUGGACGCGAGCUGGAGGAGACCCAUGGCAUCCACUGCAACAUGACUCUGCUGUUCUCCUUCGCCCAGGCGGUGGCGUGCGCUGAGGCCCGGGUCACGCUCAUCUCCCCAUUUGUGGGACGAAUCCUGGACUGGUAUAAGGAGAACACUGAGCGCAAGACCUACGAGCCCCAUGAAGACCCAGGUGUUCUGAGUGUGACCAAAAUCUACAACUACUAUAAGAAGUUUGACUACAGCACUGUGGUGAUGGGCGCCUCCUUCAGGAACACCGGGGAAGUGAAGGCGCUGGCGGGCUGCGACCUGCUCACUAUCUCACCUGCACUGCUGGAGGAGCUGAGCCGAGACCACACCGCCGUCACCUGCACUCUCACACCGCAGACAGCGAGGGAGUGUGUAUUGGAGCGGCUGCAGCUGGAUGAGAAGAGCUUCCGCUGGCUGCACAAUGAGGACCGCAUGGCUGUGGAGAAACUCUCAGACGGGAUCCGCAAGUUUGCAGCUGAUGCUGUUAAGCUGGAGACCAUGAUUAAGGAGAGGAUGUUUAAUGCGAAGAAUGGCCAGUAGAGCAGCAGAGACUCAUUAGUGGACCAAACCCUUCCCUCGCUCCCAUUGGCUGAUUUGGUAGAAGCUCCGCCUUCAGUAUCAAUAUGUGCACAUUAUUCAGAUUUUUAUAAGACCUUCACAUUUUAAUAUGAGGAACAGAACCUGAUGGAGCGCUCUGAUUCUCCCAGCAGAGUGUAUGCAAUGACUGUAGGACCAAGUGUGUUUGAGAGAGAUAUGCAGCAGCUCUGUUCAUUUCUCAGAGCUCCACUUCGUUCUCUGCUUCAGUGUUCUCUGUCACACAUGUUCAGAUGAUCUCAUUAAACUCUUUCCUCUGCAGAACGCUUCA